AACCAGAGGAUAUCGCUACGAUGCGGCUAGGCUCCGCAUGCAGUCUGACGAUGAAUUAUGACGAUGUACAUGAGUACUAUGUAUGUUAAAGAAUUUGGGUACAAAUAUACAUGACUCGAGUUAAGGGGGGGUGGUUCCUGUUGGGAUAGAAAAAUCCAAUUCCCCGCAGAAAAAAAGAAGGUUAAACCGUAUCCGUCCCAUCCACAUCAAACUUAGAUCCUCACCGUAUAACGCUGGAAAUCUCAACCUUACCUAAAAUUCAACUAUCGUAAACUCUCCUUCAGAGUUACGGUCCGAAUCUUUAACUUUUUAUAUACUAGAGAGAACAAAAGGGACGCGGGGUAGAGCUCUCAAAUGUCGGGAACACCCACCGCCGUCUCCGCCCCGGGCAAGGUCCUUCUAGCCGGAGGUUACCUCGUUCUCGACCGUCAAUAUACCGCGCUCGUCUUCGGUCUGAGUGCCCGCAUCAAUGUCGUUGCUCAAGAGAUCAAGACCAGCAAGGGCGUACAGCUGAGUGAGAUUAUUGUUGAUAGCCCCCAGUUCCUCGAAGCUCAGUGGCGUUAUGGAUACCAUCUUGCCCCCGGAGAUGGCGGCAUCAAAGUAACUCAAUUGCAAGUUGGCGCCAACAUAAACAAAAACCCCUUCGUCGAGACCACGCUAGCCUACGCCCUCACCUACAUCACCACAGCCGGACAUCUCAAGAAAUCAUACACAUUCGACCCGGUUCAACUCACCAUCCUCGCCGACAACGAUUAUUACUCACAACCACACACCUCAUCCUCCUCAUCCGCCCGCUUCGCCAAAUUCCCCACCAAGCUCAAGGACGCCCACAAAACCGGUCUCGGCUCCUCCGCGGCCCUGGUCACCGCGCUAACCGCCGCUCUACUAACCCACUACAUGCCACGCUCAGCCUUCGACCCGACCACCGAAGCCGGCAAGGCAGUCUUGCAUAACCUAGCGCAGGCAGCCCACUGCGCGGCCCAGGGCAAAGUCGGCUCCGGCUUCGACGUCGCGGCCGCCGUGUUCGGCUCUUGCUUGUACCACCGCUUCUCGCCAGCUCUGCUUCGCGACUUACCUGAAGUCGGGACGCCGGGUUUUGCGCCUACGUUAGCGGCGUGUGUUGACCCGUCUUCGGCCGCUGAAGGCGGUAAAGGGGGAUGGGACACGAAGAUAACGAAGGAAGGCGUGAGCAUGCCGCCUGGCGUCGCGCUACGGAUGUGCGAUGUGGAUUGCGGCAGCCAGACGGUGGGGAUGGUGAAGCAGGUGUUGAAGUGGCGCGACGAGACCGAUCCCGCUGGCGCGAAGAAGUUGUGGGAUGAGCUGCAGAAACGGAAUGAGGAGGUUGGUAAGGUGUUGAGUCAGGAUCGGAAAGGUGAGAUUAGGGAGGCGGUAGAGGCGGUUAGGAGUCUGAUCAGAGAGAUGGGAGAGAAGAGCGGGGUUCCGAUCGAGCCGCAGAGCCAGACGGAGUUGUUGGAUGCGCUGACGAAGGAGGUUGAGGGCGUUUAUGCUGGCGUGGUCCCUGGUGCUGGGGGGUACGAUGCGCUCGCGUUGCUGGUUAAGGAUGAUGAGGCGACGGAGGAGAGGAUUAAGGCGUUUUUGGAGAGGUGGAGCGAGGAGAAGGGUGGGAAAGUUAGGUUGUUGGAUGUUAAGGGGGAAAUGGAGGGUGUGAGAACGGAGGAGUUGGGUCAGUAUGAUGGGUGGUUGUCUUGAGGUUGGUGGUUGCUAAGUUCCAACGGGUUGGCUUGAAAGGAUUUAGAUAUCUCAUAGAUUGGAUGGGGAUGUUCUUGCGUCUACCUAUUCAUCUACGUCUUGAAAAUAGAAUGUCAUGCUUCCUUUGAAUUGGUGGAUAGAUUUCAUUACUGCGAUUGCCCAG